GAUGAUAAAUGGAUGGGCAUAAUUUCCUUCAACAGUGCUCCUCUAGAGGAAGAACUGCAGGAUUUUUAUCAUCCGGGUGGGCGGAACCAAGUUCUGGGUUUUGACUCUUUUCUUUCUUUCUUUCACAGAUGGUGCGGUUCCGUUAGAGUUCUGAAGUUGUUGUCAUCGCCGAGCUGCACAGAAGCAGUGCGUGAAAGCAGCUCGCGCUAGCUCCGACCUGUUAGCAUUUGUCUCCAAACCAUUCUAGUACCGCGGGUACGUAAAUGCUAACCGAACGCGGAGAGCUAGGCUAACAAAUGUUGCCUAUCUUUAGCCAGUUUAUCACAUUUAUUGAUAAUCAUCGUCACUGCUAGCCUAGAGCGCAUGCGCACACAGUCCUUUUCCUGGAAGAGGGUGGUGACGCCACGUUAGCGUGUUAGCAUUUGUUAGCAGGUUUCAGGGUGUCAUAAAGUCCUGCUGAAGGUCCAAAGUUCCAGGAUGAAAGUCUUCUGGAGGGUUCCUGUCUCUCUGCUGCUGCUGGCUGCUCUGAGCUCAGUGACCUGCCAGGACUCGCUGGUGUUGGACGGUUCUGUUGGAGGAAGCGUCCUGCUGCCCUGCAUCUUCUCAGAACCUCUUCCAAACCAGAUCAACGUUUUCUGGAGGGACAAAGAUGACAACGCCGUCUUUAACAUUGAGAACGGUUCUCCAGUGUUCUCAGACCAGAACCAGAGGUACCAGAAUCGAGUGUUCAGCUUCCAGGAAGAAUUCAAGAACGGAAACUUCUCCAUCCAAAUGAAGAACCUGCAGAUCAGUGAUUCAGACACUUAUGUCUGUAACAUUGUUCCUGGACAUAAGAGGAGGGUCCAGCUGAGAGUUUCAGAAGUGAGGCCCACGCUGGCGCCUAAGACUGCAGGUUCCUCGGCAGGAGCAGCUGGACCUUCCAUCCUCCACGUGGUUCUGCUGGCUGCUGUGCUGCUGGGCUGCUAGAACCUUAUGGUUCUAUUCCCACAGGAGAAGGUCAUUCAGACUGAAGACGUUCCUGUUCCUACAGAUCCAGUCGUUAUUUAUUUAUGUUGAUGAAUGAAGGAGAACCUGUUGGAACUUCUGUUCUAGAAGCACUGAAGGACUUUUAUUUUGAAAGGUUGUUUUCCGUUCUCUGUCUCUGGAUUCUCUGACUGAGCUCCUUCACUAUAAAGUGCGUUUGCCGUUUUGUAACGAUGUCUGAAUCUACAAUUCCAAAAUCCUGAGCUCUAGAAAUUUCCCAGAAGUCUCUGCAAAGAACCAGUGUCAUCAAUGCCCGCUAGAUUGGUGAAUAUAGACCACAAUGCAUUGCGUUUGAACAUUUUUUGUGAAGAAAAUGUAUUUAAAUUUUUUUUCAUCAUCUUGAGAACUCAGUAGAUUCAUAAAUAGUUGUAAAAUGUUCUCAUUGCUGAGAUUUUCACUUCCUGGAUCUGGUGACGUCUUAUUCACCGUCUAAUAAACAAAAGUAGUGAUCAUGGAGUCUGAACAGCUGUUCAAAUCCAGAGCUCUACAUAGUGUGUAGUAGUCAGGGGUUAGGGCAGGAGUUCAGAUGUGUUUCCAUCUUUACUUUCCAUCCAGAACCUUCUCUGGUUCAGAGGUUCUCCUGAUGAGGAUCUCCAGUUUCUCAGAUUAAACUUUGGUUGAAACGUG